AUGACGGUAAAACGCAUUGAUGGUUGGCGUUUCUACGUUAGGGGUGGGCAACGUGGCUGCUUGGUUGACUUAGAAGCAAAAUCUUGUUCAUGCGGGGUGUUUAAUGUUGAGAAAAUACCAUGUUCACAUGCAAUUAAGGCUGCCAAGUCAAGCGGAUGGCAUAUGUUUACCGUAGUCAAAGCUUACUAUAGAAAAGAUUAUGUCUAUGUGUCGUACGCGGCUAACAUCAUGCCCAAUGUCGAGCACGAUCCAAUUGAGCCAGAUAUCCGAUGUAUACCUCCCAUACCAAAGCGGAAGCCUGGUAGGCAAAAGAAGUCUCGUUGGCUAACAUGGCUAGAACUGUCACGUAAAAAGGGGAGCAAGCCGAGGAAGUCUCAUAAGCAAUAUGCUUGUUCAAAAUGCAGACAGCCUGGACAUACUCGACCUCAUUGUGUUGCUGAAGACGGCGAGUAG